AUGUUCUCUCCAGUAAAAAUGAUACGCUUAAGCAUCAUCCAUCAAGCUUUAUUUGAUGAGUUGUGGAUGAUGUUGGAUCCCAGAAAACAACCUUCAUUCAUCCCCAAGAAAGGCAAAUCUAGUAUUGUCCUCUUUGGAGGAAAGGAAGAUUCAAGGAAAACAAUGGCAUGCCUAAAGUAUGCCUAUUAUAACAAGAAAAAGGGUUGGGAACCUGCUUUGGUUUGUGUUAGUAAAUAUAGUGCAGAUACUCUUGCUCAACUUCGAGAGGAGGCAACAAAAGUAAAAUAUCAUGUUGUGUUUAUUGAGACCCGUGAAAGUAUGGAUGAGUUCGAGGUUUUUGAUGUGAAACCAUUUGUCAGGUUGAGCAUCUUUAAAAGUUUAAUGACGGGUCAGAUUUACGAAGAUCAGAUCAAGGGAUUUUGUUGUGAAAUGGGGCGUGGUAAUGAACAUAUAUAUUGGAAGCGCAAAGACUAG